CGAUUACUGGUGUCGAUAUAAUCUAGUUUAAAAUGUAGCACACACGUGUAUUUUCUGUAUUUUCUAUAAUUCCCAUUUUAUAAAAGAGUAAAGUACGAAUAAUAUUAAAACUACGAUGGCUAAUGAAAGCCUAAACAACAGUGCUCCACAGGUACAAAUAAAAUUUCUUACGAAGCAGGAACAGUAUGCUGUUCCGGAUUUCCCAUUAUCAGUGCACACAUCCAUUGUAACAAGUGAAUUAAAUACUCUUAUAAAUGAACUUCUAAAAGAGUCGACCGAUAUAAAAAAUGAUAUAGAAUUUGAUUUCUUGGUGUGCUCACAAUUUUUACGCACUUCAUUAAGUGAACACAUAGCAGAAAAAAAUAUUUCUACAGAAGAAGUGAUUAUUGUUGAAUAUGUUGAAAAGUAUCCACCACCAGAACCUCAGGAUUGUCUUUUACAUGACGAUUGGGUAUCUGCUGUUGAUGUUUAUGAAAAAUGGAUUUUGACUGGUUGUUAUGAUAACACAUUACAUAUAUGGACAUCUAAAGGGAAACAUCAUUUAGUAAUUCCUGGACAUACUUCACCUGUUAAAGCAGUAGCAUGGAUAUCCAUGACUAGUGACACAGCCAGUUUUGUUAGUGCAUCUCAAGAUCAAACAGCUAUAAUAUGGGAUUGGAACAUUAUGGAAAACUCUGUAGAUUGCAUUCAUGUAUGCAGGGGACACGAACGUGGACUAGAAGCUGUUAGUAUUAAUUACGAUAAGACUAUAAUGGCAACUGGGGCGUGGGAUACAAUGCUUAAAAUCUGGUCUACAGCUAAUCAAGAUGAAAAUGAAGAUGGUGAAUCCAGCUCAAAAAGAUUAAAAUCAGAACAUGGUAAAACAAGGGUACCUAAAAGAACUAUGAAAGGUCACAAAGAAGCCAUUAGUGGUGUAGUAUGGUCAGAUAAAACAGAAAUUAUAACAUCCUCGUGGGAUCAUACGAUGAAAAUAUGGGAUUCAGAAUUAGGAGGAAUCAAACACGAACUGGCUGGAAAUAAAAGUUUCUUUGACCUCGAUUAUUCCCCAUUAACUCGUACUGUUAUAACAGCGUCAGCCGAUAGGCAUAUUAGAUUAUACGAUCCAAGAUCUACAGAGGGAACACUUGUGAAAGCAAUAUUUACUUCUCACACGCAAUGGGUACAAUCUGUACGAUGGUCGCCAGUGGACGAAACUCUUUUUAUUUCAGGAGCAUACGAUAAUGAGAUGAAACUCUGGGAUACCAGAAGUCCUAAAGCGCCAUUAUUUGACCUUUCUGGCCAUGAAGAUAAAGUAUUAUGUUGCAAUUGGUCGAAUCCCAAAUUCAUGGUAUCCGGAGGUGCGGAUAACACCGUAAGGAUAUUUAAAUCGAAACAUAUUGUUCGUUAAUAGCGAAAUAUUGUUUUAUAACUUUUACAUAUAAUAGAGAAAUGAAUUGUGCAUAGUGCAAAUUAAUAAGAAUAAGAUUCUUUUUAUCAACUUAAUAUUUAUUAUAUUCUAAAUCAAGCAAUAUAAUCAUCUAAAAGAAAUAAACACGUAUCGCCAUCGUGAAACGUACUGAAUCACGAAAUCAUGUACUCAGUGUAAAAUAAUCAAAAGAUAUCGGAUCAAUCUUUUAACUCCAACAUCGUAACUUGAAAUAAAUUAAACGUGAAUGCAGAUCGAGAUGAUGUAUAUAAAGUAAUUACAAAAUAUUUUCGUACAAAUAAACACAUCUAACGAAAUCAAAAAGACAAAAAGUACAACCCUAAUGGAAAAAGUAUUGCAUGGCCUAAGAAAAAGCUCUCAGCAUCAAAUCAAAAUUCGUACUCUUUUUAUUUCAAUGAGUUCUUUUUACGAUGUGUUUGCUUUCCUUUUUUUUUUCUUUUUAAUUUUACCCUUCUAUUUUACAUCAUUAUAAAACCACCAUUUAAUUGACAAAAGAGGAGAUCUAGUAAUCGUUCUCAUACAUUGCCAGCAUCUCGAUUAAAAUCUUUUUAUCUUCACCUCUUUUUUUAAAAUUUCGAAUCUUUAUUGCGCACAAAUUAAAAGCAUUUACUCAAAAUAGUACAAAUCGCAUCAGCGUGUACGGUGUUAAAAGUAUUAAGAAAAAGACUCGUUACGUUCUACCGUAUUACCAAAAAUCGAACAUGGCAUAUUAAUUCUCCAUAGUCUUGUUACUCCGCAGAAAACAAUCCUAUCGUCGAUUAGUAUAAACGCGGACGCUGGAUGUAUUAUUACACAAUUAGUUGGGAUAAUGUGGGGGGCUUAUUAUUUUAACAUUUCUUACAAAGGACAAAUGUUCAGUCUGUUGGACAUGCUGUACUACUACACAUUAAUAAACAGUAUAAUUUCGUUUAACCGAUGUUCGAUUGAGAAGAACGUGAUAUUUCUUGUUUCCUUUUUGGAGUUUCUUCUAUUUUCGUUUUCUUUUUUUCUUUUUAAUUCGUUAAGCUCACUCUUUUAGUCCUGGAGAAUACCAAAAAUCUAUCUCAGGAUAUAACAUUGAAAAAGGCAUAUACAAUAGUCGCUACUUGAUUCAAUAGAAGGCAUAUUUCUCUUUUUUUAGUGUUGGAAUACGUGUAAAUACAGUCACUGAUUUUGUACGAGAGUAAGUUUAUUUUACAGACUUUACAUUUCGUUUGUUCGUUUCUCGCAGAAAUUGUUCUUUCACUCUUUGACACAACAAAGGAAAAGAAAAAACGAAAAUGAAUCUGUAUUUAUUUUUUUAUGAAAUUCAACGAAAUCUAAUGCAGACAAAAGAGAAGUACAAUUUAAAAAAAUGACAUCUGAGAAGAAACAAUGAUAUAAUUAUAAUUUGGGGAUUCACUCUCUCGCUCUCUUCUCUCUGUGUUGAAGACUAUUUUCACAAUUGGCCUGCCAUUAAAGAAAACUUAGGAAAGGAAAAGAAAAUGAUUCGAAUAAAUCCCCAAAACAGAUCGUUUAUUGAUCAAAAAUAAGGGAUGAUAGUAAUUAAGAAUUUGAUUCUUUCACUUUGAAUACCAAACCAUGCUUGUAAGUAACUCUAAAAACUGUUUGGUGCACGCUCCACAUACAAAGUGUAAGAAGUGUGUGACGUUUAGAGCGUGCACACGCAGUGUGCAGUUUACAGUAACAGUGUGUCUCUGCAGUCUGUGUCGUGUCAUAGGCAGAUGGUUGUUCUUUUUAUUUAAAGUACGCAUUAUAAAUUAUGCAUACAACCUACACACCACACAUUCGUCUCGCACUUUCUCUCUCUCUCGCUCUCGCGCACCUCAUAUGUGUUUCUUUUUUAUCUUUUGUAUUUACUACUUAUAUCUCACGUUCUCUCUCGCGCUCUCUCUCUCUCUCUCUUUUUGUUUUCUGUUUGCGUUUUUUGUUUUUCUCUUCUUUUUUUCGUUUUUUUUCUUUUUUAGAAGACCCUAUCUAUAACCCCCACAUUAUCUCACACAAAGACUAGCGUUUUUAAACGAUCCAAAAUAAACUAAGGGCACUUUUAGUGGCGUAUGCCCUGUGUUCUUAUUCAAGUUCCAUGAAAAAUCUAAUUCUGACCGUUGUUAAACUUUGUUGUUGUUCUUGUUACUUCAUUUUUUUUCAUUUUAUUACAGCACCUAUCGACUUCUAAGAGCCCCUAUUUCUUAACUAGCUAUGACACACUUGCCUUAAUCUAAGAAUUUCAUUACGUGCUAUGCCUCGCCAUCUUAAAAGUAUCCGAGAACCUAAUGUGUGUGUUCAUUUUUUACUUUUUUUUUAUAUUUUUUUCCCUCCCGAUUACUUAAUCCUCGUUUACGCAUGCGAACUUAAUGCCUCAACAUCAUAUUUUGUUUCUUUCCUUUCUCUCGCUCUCUGUCCCUUUCACUCCCUCUUUCUCUCAUCUUGAAAUUUACGAAAUUUUUAAUUCUCAUGUAUAUUCUCAUUGGUCGCACACCACAUAACAAUUAAUUAUAUAGUGGAGAGAAGAAACAAACAAAAUGAAUCGAAUAUAGUAAUGGCAAUUUUUUUUUUUUUUUGUAUAAUUACAAGUGUCGUUCUUUCGUCUUGACGCUUAUGAAUAGAAGAUUUGUAUAUGUCGAAAAAUACAACGGAUGUUGGAUUAAACAAGGAGCACGGGAAAGUUAUGGAAAAGAAAUUAGAAGAGAUACAGGAAGGGUCGAAGUAAAAAAAAAGCAGAACAAUGGGGCAAAUGGAAAAAUGUUCGUCUCUCUCUCGUUAUAGCUAAAAACCUAUCUCCUUAACAAUAGUAAAACAAUGACUUAAAACCUCGGUGAAAUCUAAGGACUGUACAAGUCGAAGUACGAUGACGCGCGUUACAUUAUCGGGCAUCAUCAAAGUCUCAACUCGGACUCGCAUCUUUCUUAUUAUUUCUUUUUAUCGCUUAAGCCGACGUUCGACUAACAUUAUAUUACUUAUUUUUUUUUGUUUCGUUACUUAAAAACACCCUACGUUUUUUUCCUUUUUAUCCUCAUCUUUCUACAUCAGCCUACGACUACUAGUUGUAAAUCUAAUCUAAAAAGAGGCUACGCUAGAAAUUCUAAAGAAAGCUUACGGAAAGCAGCAUUGCUUGGAAACAUUACGUUCCAAAAAAGAGAUUGGUUUUUUUCUUCUUUUUCGUAAACCACGCCCGGCCAGCCCAAGCACCUGACCCGCGGUGCGCAGCAAGCAGUUCUUACUAUUUAUAUUACAGUAGAUAAUAUGUUGUAGAAUAAUAUAUAUUUAUUAUUAAUAUGAAUAGCCAGUCAGUCUUGACGGGUGCGAGGUGCAUAGGCUGAACGGUGCCUCGCCUGAUGUGUGUUUUCCUUUCUUUUUUUUUUUUGCGUUUUUUUAACGAGGAGAGGCAGUUGUAUAUGUAUCCUAACUAUCACCUAACUAACUACCUAAACUUAAUCACUUAAUUGAUUACUUCCUAUCCAAAAAUGGUACCUAUCCUAUAUAUUUAUAA